CAAGCUUUAAUUACGAACGGGGGGGGGGGGGGGGGGGGGGGGGGGGGGGGGGGGGGGGGGGGGGGGGGGGGGGGGGGGGGGGGGGGCCGGCUUCUGAGCUCUGUGGGCCUAGGGGGGGGGGGGGGGGGGGGGGGGGGGGGGGGGGGGGGGGGGGGGGGGGGGGGGGGGGGGGGGGGGGGGGGGGGGGGGGGGGGGGGGGGGGGGGGGGGGGGGGGGGGGGGGGGGGGGGGGUUUUUGGGGGGGUUUUUGGUCGAAUCAACAGAUAUGACCCUGGCUGAAACGGCACAUACACCGACGAUCCCAAUUAAAUGGACGCGUCUCAUCAACAUAAAUACAAUAUAUUUGGGGGGGGGGGGGGGGGGGGGGGGGGGGGGGGGGGGGGGGGGGGGGGGGGGGGGGGGGGGGGGGGGGGGGGGGGGUUAA